AGCAAAAACAGACGCUGGCCCUCUUCAUCAUCAUCUAGAUCCUUAUAAACUACACCUCUGCCCCUCCCCAAAUCUACUUUUAUUAUUUGUGCCGAUCGCACUGCUUAUCAAGGUUUACGUCUUUUCUCUUCGUUGUUAGGGUUUCAGAUUGCUUUUGUUGUGAGAGAGAUGGGUCAGAUCCAGUACUCUGACAAAUACUCUGAUGAUACUUUUGAGUACAGGCACGUGGUACUUCCUCCUGAGGUUGCUAAGCUUCUCCCCAAGAAUCGUAUUCUCUCCGAAAAUGAGUGGCGUGGCAUAGGAGUGCAGCAAAGCCGUGGAUGGGUCCAUUACGCCAUUCAUCGUCCUGAGCCGCACAUCAUGCUCUUCAGGAGGACUCUCAACUACCAGCACAACCCAAGCCAUGGGGCUAAUUAGUAGGAAUUAUGCUUCCCCCCCUCCCCAUAGUUUAUAUGUCUCUCUCGUAAACAUUAAGCUUUUAUGAACACACUCUAUGAACCACGUUAUGUAAGACUCUAAAUGCUCUUUGCUAGGCUUUGUUUGGAUUCACGUUAUGAACCACUUUUAUCAUUUUAUACCCAGUCUCGUUUCUCUCUA